CGGAGACGUAAACAAGUGCAGAAGGACAGUGGGAGGGACCACCAGUGCAGGAAUGACGUCAGCAGCCGCUCCAGGUGCGUUUGCUCUUGCGACCGAGGCGAGCUGCAGGUCAGGAGAAUGCAGGCGAGAUCUUCAGCUUCACCUGUGAAGCAGCAGUGAUGUCUGUCCACGCCCUGCUGCGCUGCUCCACCAGGGCGCAGAGGACGUGUGUGGUGUCAUGUCUGGUCCAGCAGAGAGCUCUGACCGGCGCCGAGGCCGUCAACGCUCUCAGACCUUUCUACUUUGCUGUCCAUCCAGACUUCUUCGGUCAACAUCCUCGAGAGCGGGAAGUGAAUGAGAAUUCACUGAAGAGAUUGAACGCUUAUCUAGAAAACCUUCAGAAACCUGUAAGAAGCUCAGUCCAGCCACUGAAGCUCACCUUUUACAUCAAAGACACGAAGGACAGCAGCAACGUACGGCCGGAGCUUCUCCCUUCAGGUUUCCAGGCCGUGAGCUUCACCCUGCACACCAGCGACGUCCUGAGCACCGUGAUGAAGGUGCUGGCCUCCUGCAGGUUACCCGUGGAGCACGUGAAGGACCUGACGGGACGUUCGGAGGCGUCUAAAGGUCCGUCUAAGGCAGGGCUGCCUUUCUACAGACCAAUCAGAUGGGAUAAGAGCUACUACAGCUUCACAGGCUUCAGGGACCCUGAGAUGGAGCUGCAGCAGGCCAGCAGAGUGGAGCCCACACUCGAUCUCUGGCUGAGGAACAACGAGCCGCAGGCGACAAAGAAACACCAGGCCAAUGUUCCCCGGAGGGAAGAGCUGAGCCGGCUGACGGAGGAGCUGGCUCACAGAUUUAACCUGGGGGGAAUCAGGUGGCAGCGCAGCUGGGGUGUGGCUCACCGCUGCUCUCAGCUGCAGAGUCUGAGCCGGCUGGCCCAGCAGAACCCAGAAGACUUCAUCCACCUGCAAGGACACACCGUGGUGUUUGCUGACCAGUCAGGGAUGAACGCCUUUGGCCACGUCCUGCUGGGAACCAUGGACGUCCACCACCAGUGGACCAAGCUGUUCCAGCAGCUGCCCAGCUACCGCAGCCUGCAGCAGCAGACGGACUGGCUGAAGGAGCGGAUCAGCCUGCUGCUGGGAGGAGCCACGGUGGUGCUGGUGGAGAGACUGGGAGCAGAGCAGCUCAUCACCGAGCACUACAGCCUGCUCAGCUGCUUCCACAAGCUGCUGCUGGCCCAGCGGCUCAGGCUGCACCCCCGCAGUCUGCACGACCUCACCUUGAUGCUGGAGAGCGACCGGUCCCGGCCCCGGCUCCAUGAGAUGGGACACUUCAUCGUCUCCAGCACCGCUGACCCGUCCAGGCUGCAGGUGUUCCUGCAGAGCCACGCCCCCGAGGCCCGGCACCGGACCCAGCGCAGGAAACAGCUGCAGGCUGCAGAGGAUGCAGCGGUGGACUCCUGCCUGCAGGUCCUCUCCCUGCAGACUCUCACCAAGGACCCCAACGUGAGCUGCAGGCAGAUGGAGUCGUGCUGCCGCCGGCUGCUGGAGCUGCGGCCCGCGCUGCUGCAGGGCCUGCACCUCUGCGUGUCCCACUUCUACUCCGUCCUGGAGGACGGGGUCGUCUGCGUCCCCUGGGACUGGAAGGGCUGACGGGGACAGGUGCAGAGACGUUCUCACAGGAACCAGCUGAAGCUCCUCCCUGAGCCUGAAUACAACACGUGUGACACUCUGACCUCCCUGAGGUUCUGCUUUAGUCCAGCAGGAGUCCAGAGGUGCAGGAACCAAACCUCAAACCACAACCCCAGGAACCACAACCCUUGUGUUUGAAUAAGCUGCUGUGUUUGUGCUCCUUUAGAGGACCAGUCUGUGUUUAGACCAGUCCACCAGGACCAGGAACUGGAACCACACUGCAAACACUCAACAUCUUACCAGGAAUAUUUGUCUUAUUUCUAGUUAAAAUGUCUCAUUUUUAGUCAAAAAAUCUCAUUACACUUAAAACACGACAGUUUUCUCCUGUUUCAAGUAAAUUUUCACUUGAAAUAACAAAAAUCUGCCAGUGGAAAAAGAUUUAUCUUCUUAUUACAAGCAAAAAAAUCUUGUUCCACUGGCAGAUUUUUCUACUUAUUUCAAGUGAACAUUUACUUGAAACAGGUGAAAAUUGUCAAAUAACAAGUUAUUUUUCUGGUGAUGACUCUUGUUUUAAGUGUAAUGAGAUUUGUUUGACUAAAAAUGAGACAUUUUAACUAGAAAUAAGACAAAUCCUCUUGUUAAGAUUGAUAGUUUUUGCAGAACCCUGAGCUGAGUUUUGUGUUUGCUGUGUGAAACACGGAGACCCGCUCCGAUCCCUGCUGGUUCCCUAGUGUCACGUUCCUCAUACUGUAUUCCUCUAGAAACACGAACAAAGUUCUUUCUCAUUUGUCAUGUGACAUAAGUCAGUCAUAAAAUAAACUUUUAUUUUCACAAUUAACAUGAUGAACAAGUUAAUAUAUUAA